AGACUGACAGGAUGUAUUUUUUGUUGGACCUCUGUCAUAUAAAUUACAUUUUUUCUGAAAUCAUUGAGAGCAUUUCCUAAGAUGUUUUGGUCGGACAUUUAAAUCUAAAAAUGAAAACGGAAAAUAACAAUGGAAAGGGUUUUAACACGUUAAUAUCGGAAGAUCAACACGAUUUCAAGUUUCGAAGAAAAAGAACCAGAUGUAUACUUGCGGCUGUGGCAGUCGUCUGUUUAGUUGCCCUUGCAGUGGGAUUGAAAAAGAAAAACAAGUCUGGCGCACCACAUGGCGAUAUAGAAGGUGAUAUAGAAGCACAUGCCCGAAAGAGGUUUUUAUUUCAGGUAGAGUCAACAUCUGCUCCAUCACCAACGCAAGUUCCCGAAACUACAACAGCUAUAGAUAGGAUAUCAACCAGUCAAUCGUCAGCUACAACGGCUAAAGAUAGGUUAUCUACCCGUCCAUCUUCAACACCUGGCACUACGACACAGCCUGUUGAUUGGCUAUCUACUCCAUGUUCGAAUCUUUCAGCCGCACCUCAUUGUCCAUGGAGGCAGAAUCCUUUGCUGCUUGUGUCCCUGGACGGAUUUCAGGCAGAAUAUUUACUGAGAAAUCUAACGCCAACUAUAGAGAAACUACGAGACUGUGGGGUUCAUACGCCAUACAUGAGAGCUGUAUAUCCAACACUGACUUUCCCUAACCAUUACACCAUUGUCACGGGGCUGUACCCGGAGUCGCAUGGCAUUGUGAGUAACAGUAUGUAUGACCCACAUAUCAAUGCAUCUUUCUCAAUAGGAGGUCGGGAAAAAUUGAACUCUGCGUGGUGGGGUGGAGAGCCGCUAUGGGUAACUGCUAAAAAGCACGGCAAAAAGACAGCCUCCUUUUUCUGGGUUGGAAGUGAAAUGAACAAUUCAGGGAUGCAGCCGGAUAUCUGGAUACCUUACAAUGGGAGUAUCACUUACGAAGAUCGUGUUGACACGGUGUUAGGAUGGCUAGACAUGCCUGACAAAGAAAGACCCGAGUUUAUUACACUUUAUUUCGACGAACCAGAUCACGAUGGUCAUUGGUCAGGGCCCAACAGCGAAAAGGUUAACUCUGUGCUAGGGCGGAUGGAUACUAUAAUUCGUAGGUUAAUGGACGGGCUGCUCAGGCGUAAUAUGGACCACUGCGUCAACUUGAUUGUCCUUGCUGAUCAUGGCAUGGCAGACACAUCAUGUGAGAGACAGGUCGUGUUAGAUAAGUAUCUAGAUGGUGUUGACGACAUGUUGAUAUACUCUGGCACUACAGGUCAUAUCAAUACAAAAUACAGAAAAGACAAUACAAUUGUAUACGAAAAUGAAAAUGUUGUACCAACAGAAGACGUCAUUAAAUCUCUGCAAUGUAAGAAUUCUCAUCUAAACAUCUUCUCAAAAUCGUCGCUACCUGCCCGGCAUCACUAUGCUAACAACGACAGAAUUGGCAAUGUUGUCCUUGACAUCGAACAAUCCUGGCUGGUAUACCCAACAAAACGAAAAAGUUGUCUAAAAGGAAACCACGGGUACGACAACAUAUAUAAAAGCAUGCACGCACUGUUUCUGGCUCAUGGUCCUGAUUUUAAACAAAAUGAAGCUGUAGAUCCUUUCGAAAACAUCGAGUUGUAUAAUUUGAUGGCUGAAAUCCUAAAGUUACAGCCUGCUCCAAACAAUGGAACAUCUGGAGCACUCAGCCACCUUCUACGAAAUCCUUUCAGUUCAUCUUCAGCACUUUCUUCUGCGUACCCAACUUGCACCGCCUCAUCAGAAAUAAAGUUGCUUGGUUGUGCCUGUAAUGAUACGAUACAACUGAAGCCGUCUAAUAAGUCCGGGAACGAAGUGUUUCCGUUCGGUGAACCUACUGUUGUACACGGUGAUGGUGCUUGCGUUCUCCAUGGAAACCACUUUUCUGCUUUCUACAGUAAAUUAUACAAAGCGCCAAUCUUAAGUUCAUACAGACUGACCGCAGACCAAGUUCGUAGUUACAGUGAUGAUACUGAUGACUGCCUAAUACCUGACCCAAGACUUAAUUCACAAGAUGAUCUUGACUGCUCGCAAUAUAAAGAUAUUAACAAAAGUAUAGACUUAGUUCGUCUCUUUAAUCCAGGUUUUGUGCUCAACGAUGGGAAAUCUGAAGCACAUUUAUCGUCAAACAAAGUUCCGAUGUACACAGGGUUUAGAGAUGGUAUUUGGUCUUACACUUGGCGUGUUUUAAAAGAAUACGCUAUCAAAUACAAAGCAAUUCAUGUGUCAGUUGGACCUAUCUAUGACUAUGAUUUUGAUAGUCAUGCGGAUACAACAUUAAGCAAUCAUACUAUAUAUGUAGACACAAACGAAGUCAUUCCAGUACCAAGCCAUUUCUACAUGAUACUGAUGAAAUGCUCCGAUAAACUAUCCGGCCAAUUAUCCGAAUGUAUUUCACCUGAAAAUGUUGACGUUUUACCUAUAAUUUUACCACACCAAAAUGGGACAAAUAAUUGUUUGACACACAAGGAUUUCCUGCUGAAUAAUGCUGCAAGAGUUCGAGAUAUCGAACACCUAACUGGUAUGAGAUUUUUAACAUCAUUUGGAAGGUCAGAGGGAGUCAGAUUACGAACUUUCCUUCCCCUGAAAAUGUGGCCUUCACCUUUAAUGACACCAUGGGAAGACUUACCCUGCCCGAUAGCGAACGCAGCUUGUCCAGCAGGAUCUAAACCGUUAUUGCUGAUUUCCUUAGAUGGGUUUCGAGCAGACUACCUAGGUCGACAUUUGACCCCUACAGUCGAGAGACUUGCUAAAUGUGGAGUGCACACACCUUACAUGAGAUCUGCCUACCCGACAGUUACAUUUCCAAACCACUACACGAUCGUUACCGGUCUGUAUCCAGAAAGUCACGGGAUUGUAUCAAACAAAAUGUAUGACGAAGACAUUGAUCAGAUAUUCUCUCUCUCCGCUAGAACAGCCAAGGACCCGAGAUGGUGGAAGGGAGAACCGUUAUGGAUAACUGCCAAGAAGCAAGGAUUGAAAACUGCUACGUACUUUUGGCCAGGCUCCGAUGUUAAUAUAUCAGGGAUGUAUCCAGAUAUAUGGAAAAGUUACGAUGGAAAAGCCGGAUACAGUCAGCGCGUAUACGAUGUUUUAGAUUGGCUAACCAUGCCAGAGAAAACCAGGCCUGAUUUUAUUACACUCUAUUUUGAUGAACCUGACCACGCCGGCCACAACAGCGGUCCAGAGAGUGAUGAAGUGAACGGACAGUUAGAGACUGUAGAUGAAUUGUUACAUAUUUUGAUGUCCAAUCUGUAUGAGAAAGGUCUUCAUAAUUGUAUCAACAUGAUCGUUCUAGCUGAUCACGGAAUGUCACCACAAAGCUGUGAGAGGAAGGUCAGUUUGAAAGAUUUCUAUCCAAAUAUAGAGAAUAUGCUCAUGUUUGAAAGGGUGUUUGGACAAAUAUUUCCACAGUUUCAGAACGAUGAUAGAUACAAUGCUCACAGACUGAAUACAUCCUUUCAGUCAGAGGAGAUAGUGCAGAGUUUAAUGUGCAAACAUUCAGCAAUGAAGGUGUUCACUAAAGACACUAUGCCAAGACGCCACCAUUAUACAAACUCUAACAGAAUUGGACAAGUUUCUAUUGAUAUGAAGGAUGGGUGGCUAGUGUUGAGUGAUAGGACACAUUGGUGCACGGGUGGAAAUCACGGAUGGGAUAACACAUAUAAGAACAUGCAUGCAUUAUUCCUUGCCCACGGGCCAGCUUUCAAAGAUAAUUUUACGGCAGAACCGUUUGAAAAUAUAGAAUUAUACGAUCUAAUGGCAGAGGUUUUGAACAUAUCAGGUGCACCAAACAAUGGUACGCGGGGUAGUUUGCACUAUAUUCUGAGGUCAAGUAAACCUCUACCUACGCCAAAUAUGUCAGUUGUUAGAAACUGCCGAACCGGUGAUGCGGGAGCGUUGUUGCCUUGCGGAUGCAACAACAUUCAUAACCGUGUUAGUUCAGAUGUACUUUUAGACCAGGACGACAGUGCGUUUCCGUUUGGGAAACCAGCACAUACAAAUGAUUCGUCAUGCAUGCUUCACCAAAAGGGUUUCUCAGUCGCCUUUAGUCAUACGUUUAGUGGCCCAGUCAUGUUAGCGACGACGCUAAAUAAACAGUCGCAAAUUAUAAGAGCUGGUUCGGAUCUGUGUAUAUUAAACGACACCCGUGUGCCACCAACUGUUGAUCUAUGUUCCACUACUACGAAUUAUUCAGAUGUAAAACUAUUCCCGCUUCUAGGAAAAGUUGCCGAGUUGGCAAGCGAUGCAUACCUGACAUCAUCAGUGGUCCCUCUUUUUACUGGAUUCCAUGAUGGAAUAUGGAAGUACCUGUUUGAACUGCUCACAGAUUACAAGACACGUUAUGGUAACAUCAGCUUUACAGUGGGGACAAUUUACGAUUAUAACAAUGAUGGGUUGUGGGAAGGAAUCAUCAAUAAAACAAGGUACUUGGACACAGAUGGUGUUCUUCCUAUCCCAUCACAUAUCUAUGCAAUACUUAUCAAGUGCAAAGACACCGAAGAACAACUGCCAUGUGGUGGAAAUAUUGACAUACUUCCAUUUAUACUACAAAACUUGAAAGAUGCUCCCAAUUGUUUGAAACCCGAUGUUUACUUAAAGGACAAUGUAGCAAGGAUAAGAGACAUAGAAUUACUGACAGGUCUACAGUUUAUGACUUCAUUUAAUGUUUCCACUGCUGCUAGACUGAGGACAUUUCUACCUGAAGAUAUCUGGGAAACUUCUGUACUACGUACAUGGGAAGACGAACAAUGUCCACACCAAGAUUUGUGCCAAUCUGAUUACAAGCCUACGAUACUGAUCUCGCUGGAUGGAUUUCGUGCGGAUUAUCUGUUGAGAAACAUGACCCCAACGAUUUCUAAACUGAGCAAGUGCGGUGUACAUGCACCUUAUAUGAGAUCAGUUUAUCCAACAAAAACUUUUCCGAACCACUACAGUAUUGUCACUGGAUUAUAUCCAGAAUCUCACGGGAUUAUAGACAACAACAUGUACGAUAUGGAAAUAGGAAAACGUUUCUAUUUAGGUAGUAACACAUCAGGUGACCCAAGAUGGUGGGGUGGCGAACCGAUAUGGCUUACUGCCAAACGACAAGGUCUCAAAACGGCGACAUACUUUUGGCCUGGGUCUGACGUUAAAAUUCAAGGAGAGUAUCCAGAUAUCUUUAAGAAAUAUGAUGGAUCAGUUACGUAUUCUUCUCGUGUACGUGAUGUCAUUUCCUGGAUGUCGCUGCCGGAAGGAGAGAGACCAGAUUUCAUCACCCUGUAUUUUGAUGAACCAGAUUUAGCCGGACAUAAACAUGGUCCAAGUGAUGAAGCAGAGAUUGGUGCAACUUUAGCACGUGUAGACGAAACCAUUGGUGAACUGAUGGAUGGCUUGUUUUCUAGGAAGCUACAUCAUUGCGUAAACCUUGUUAUUACUGCUGACCAUGGAAUGGAUGAUGUAAGUUGCAAAAAGAUUGUUCGCCUCAGUCAUUACGUUGACAACGACUACCUGAGAGGCAACUUUUACAUUUGGGAGGGACCAUUUGGCAGAAUAGCGAAUAAGUACCGUUACAAUUCAACUGUACGGGACAUAUGGCCAGCUGACAACCCAGAGCCUUAUGAUGAUCUGCUGUCAAAUAUAACGUGUGCAAGUCCUCACAUGAAUGUGUACCAGAAGACGUCACUUCCUGUUCGUCAUCAUUAUACAAACAACGAUAGAAUUGACGACACAAUAUUAGAUGUUGAAACAGGAUGGCUUGUUACUCGGAGCUAUGUCAGGAGUUGUUGGGGCGGUAACCAUGGAUACGAUAAUAUUUACAAAAGCAUGGAGGCGUUAUUCCUUGCUUAUGGUCCCGCAUUUAAAUGGAAUCAGACAAUCGAUCCAUUUGAAAACAUCGAACUUUAUAACAUGUUUACUGAAAUUCUAAAUAUUACUGCUGCCCCUAACAAUGGAACUGUGGGAUCUCUGAACCAUAUUCUUAAGGAGCCAGUGAAUGUUAAACGUGAAGAACAGUAUGAAGAAUAUGAAAACUCUUCAUCUAAAUAUAGAAGUGCGGACGAAUAUGUUUUCUUCGUGAAGUCACUAAAUUGUGCUGGAAACUGUUCAUCUUUGUCUGUUAAUGAGAUAAAGAAUAUCUACACGGCCUUAUCUGAACCUCGACCAAAUAGAAAUCAUACCCCACUUGGACAGCCAAAGCUUGAUGCAAAUUCAUUUCGGUAUAGGAAUGUGACGCUACUCAGUUAUGAGGACUCUGUGUUGGCGUAUGAUAAACAGUUGGAGAUACCAGUCUGGGUAUCACAAACAUUGAACGGAUCACAAGUCACGGGUCCAAGGGAAAUUGGGAAUUGUUAUAUACCAGACCCGAGAAUACAGAAUCAGUCUACAAAUAUGUGUGAUUCCAGUCAAGAUGUAAUGCACACGCUAUUAAACGAGUAUUUCCAGACAGACCGUAGUAGUUCUACCUUUCUAUCACCAGGUCUAACUAGAAUGAAGUCUUCGUUUUAUGGAAAUAUUUGGAAACCAGUUAUGAAUUUCAUCAUUAAGAAAAUAUUACCUAAUGAGGAUGUGAACGUUUUGCUAGGACCAGCAUUUGACAAUGACCAUAACAGUUUGCCAGAUAGUGUAAACAUAAGUCUUCCAAGCCAUUACUUCAUCAUCCUAACAAACUGUAUGGAGACGAGCAAGAAGAUUGAUACUUGUGAGAAAUACCACAUUGAAUCAUAUAUCAUUCCUCACCUUGAUCAUACUAGAAUAUGUAAGGACAUUGACACAUUCUUGAAAGAAAACGAAGCGAGGGUUCGUGAUGUUGAAUUGCUUACAGGACUUGGACUUUUAUCAGCAGUACCGUUUGAUGUUGCCGUCCGGUUGAGAACCUUGUUACCACUUAAUUUUGGAUAGCUUUACUUACACUUCAAAGUGUAUAUGAGUGUAAAACGUGAAUUUGUACGUUCAACAUUUACUAUUCAUUUCAGAUAUGUACUCCAAUAUUUCUUGUGUUCUGCAUGAAUCGAGUUGUUUUAUCAGUAUAUGUAGAAAGACGUUUAUAUGAUCAGUAUCUGUGAUGAAUCUGCACUGAACAUACCACAUCAAAUCAAAAAGAAUCCAUGUCAUGAUUUCUUCAAUGAUUUUCUUUCAUUCAACAAAUUGUAAAUUAGAAUAUUCAGUGAUGCCUUGUUCAUUCUAGUAACUGUUUUCUACUCUAGUUUCAAUUAUCGCGUUUCUGUAAUUUUGCUUGACACAAGCAAUUCUCAUUUAUUAUUGUAUCAGAUGACACCAUCCCACUUCUAUAUCGAUUCAGUUUCGUGUAUUUCAUUUGAUAUUUUAAUACAUCAGAUACCAGAUAUACUACAUAUCCAUUGAUAUCUUUUGUUCAAAUAAAACUGUGAUUUAUAUGAAUAAAGUUCAUAUCAUU